UUCAGCGUCUUCCAUUUGUGACACCUAUAAAGCCCUAAUUCCUAGCGUCAUCUUCCGUCAGGAGCAGCUGCAGUAGCAAUGGGUAUAGAUUUGGUCGCCGGCGGCAAAAGUAAGCAGACCAAACGCACUUCUCCGAAGUCCGACGAUGUCUAUCUCAAGCUGCUCGUCAAGUUGUAUCGAUUUCUGGUGCGGAGAGCAGAGAGCAAGUUUAAUGCUGCGAUACUGAAGAGGCUAUUUAUGAGCAAAAUCAACAAGGCUCCACUGUCUCUCUCCAGGUUGAUUCAAUUCAUGCAAGGAAAGGAGGAUAAGAUUGCUGUUCUUGUUGGGACAGUGACUGAUGAUACUAGAGCUUAUGAAGUGCCCAAAAUGAAAGUGGUUGCACUGAGAUUCACUGAGACAGCAAGAGCUAGAAUUGAGAAAGCUGGGGGGGAGUGCUUGACUUUUGAUCAGCUUGCUCUCCAAGCUCCUCUUGGCCAGAACACGGUGCUUCUACGGGGCCCUAAAAACUCCCGUGAGGCAGUGAAGCACUUUGGCAGAGCUCCUGGAGUGCCACACAGCCAUACCAAGCCCUAUGUUAGGUCCAAGGGCAGAAAGUUUGAGAGAGCCAGGGGAAAGAGAAAUAGCAGAGGCUAUAAAAUUUAGGUAUUUUAAAUUGCUUAGUUCUUCAGCUGUAAGUGCUGAAAUUUAAAUUUUGUCAUCAUCCCAGGGAUAAUUAUUCUGUGUUAUGUGAGUGAUAGGUUUGGACAGUUUAGUCAUAAACCCAUAGUUCCUUUUCAAAUCAGACUGUCUUUGAAGUUUAUACAUGAUUUGAUACACCCUUUUAAAUUUUAUUUGUUACUGAGGUAUUAGGUUUUGAUGAAAUAUCUUACAUUUAAUUUUUGUGGA